GACAUCUGUCGAACUACUUCGUGAAGCAAUUUUAUAUUCCAAUAUUUUUGUUAAUAUUUUAUUGAUAAUAAAUAAUCUAUAAUCAUGACUCAACCGAAGCCGUUGGUUCUCAACGAUCUGUUGAUACAGAAUGUGAAUACUUGGGGUAACGUCCAGUAUAAUAUUCCGCUUCGGGUUUCGAGCAAUGAGACAAGAACUGGCACCAGCAUCGCUCUGCGGCAUAUACCUGCUAUACCGCAUAGCUUGGACUGUAAAAUCGAUGACCCGCUACCGGAACGUGUAAGAGGUCGGGACAUGGUUGUUGAGAAAGAGACAUACAAGACAACAACUGGAGAGUAUUGUGUCAAACCAAACCCGAACAAGGCGAUGGAGCGCUCAGACUGCGCUAUCAACUGCAGGCGAGUGAUCUUCAUGACAGGCGUUGAAAAAGAAUUACAAGGGAAGUGUAUAAGGCAGCCUCUGAUGCUGUCAGACAUGAAAGACAAUUACAGAGGGCUUUCUAAGUCUGAAUUGGCGCCACCAGAAAUUGAAGUGAAGGCUCCGGAUCCUGAAUAUAUUUUUGAUGCUAUCGCAGCCGGCAGAAAUGAAGUUCCAGCAAUAUCCGACACUUCGGGUGGAUUUCGAAAACAAAUGGAUCCUUACUUGUCAACCUACAGAAAUUAUCACAGACCAUUCACCUCCGAUGAUCUGUACGGCAUAGGAGCUAAAGAUCACAUUACAUUUUACUCGGAGUCCAAUACACCCAAAGUAAAAGGUUUUGGACCUCGACACAAGGAAGUAUGGAUGCCUCUGACGGCUACGGUUCAUCGCGGCGUUUAUGACAGAAUUCAUGUGAAGAAGGAAUUUAAGGAAGUGGCUGCUUCUCAUAAUCCUGUCAAAAAUUUAAAAGGGGCUUUCAUCUCAGAAACGAAAAACAAAUAUAAGAAUCCGUUCGUACAAUCUGCCCUCGCGUCGUGGAACCAUGGCGAGAUGUUCGACUUGGCUCCGUACCCUCCGAAUCCCUUCCAAACGAACAUCGCACCGUUCAUGUACUGCAGUGACUAUUGCCAUAUAGCCCAAGGAACCCCACCGUACACAGUCAUCGAUCAAAUUAACCACCAAAUGCCACCGCAUAAGCAUUGUGUUAAAAGAUACAUAGUCUCAACAGAUUCAACAGAUUAAGAUCCACUUUCAAACUCUUUCCAAACGUUAUGUUUGAUGUACUACCGCCCCAAGCCUUUAAUAUGGCUAUAAAUGGAAUUUAUUUAAAUAAAAGUCAGAGAAACAUUUCA